GAUGUUCACUCCUGGGCACCCGGGGAAGUGGAAGCGCCGGGCCCUGCUGCUGGGGGGAGAACCACAGACGCCGGGACCGGGACCGCCGCCGACGCCGCCACCAUGAGUGAUCAGCAGCUGGACUGUGCCUUGGACUUAAUGAGGCGCCUGCCUCCACAGCAGAUCGAGAAGAACCUCAGCGACCUGAUUGACCUGGUCCCCAGUCUAUGUGAAGAUCUCCUGUCUUCUGUUGACCAGCCCCUGAAAAUCGCCAGAGACAAGGUGGUGGGAAAGGACUACCUUUUGUGUGACUACAACAGAGAUGGGGACUCGUAUAGGUCACCAUGGAGUAACAAGUAUGAUCCUCCUUUGGAAGAUGGGGCCAUGCCUUCUGCUCGACUGAGAAAGCUGGAGGUGGAGGCCAACAAUGCCUUUGACCAGUACCGAGACCUGUAUUUUGAAGGCGGCGUGUCAUCUGUCUACCUCUGGGAUCUGGAUCAUGGCUUUGCUGGCGUGAUCCUCAUAAAGAAAGCUGGAGACGGAUCCAAGAAGAUCAAAGGCUGCUGGGAUUCCAUCCACGUGGUGGAAGUGCAGGAGAAAUCCAGUGGUCGCACCGCCCAUUACAAGCUGACCUCCACGGUGAUGCUGUGGCUGCAAACCAACAAAUCCGGCUCUGGCACCAUGAACCUCGGAGGCAGCCUCACCAGACAGAUGGAGAAAGACGAAACUGUGAGCGACUGCUCCCCACACAUAGCCAAUAUUGGGCGCCUGGUAGAGGACAUGGAAAACAAAAUCAGAAGUACGCUGAACGAGAUCUACUUUGGAAAAACAAAGGACAUCGUCAACGGGCUGAGAUCUGUUGACGUAAUCCCUGACAACCCCAAGUUUCAGCAGCUGCAGAGGGAGCUUUCCCAAGUGCUGACCCAGCGCCAGAUCCACAUCCAGCCUGAUAAUUAGGCCGAUCCAGGUCUGUGCAGACUUUUGCAGACAAAUCAAAACAAGAAGCUCUUAAGAACGACCUGGUGGAGGCUUUGAAGAGAAAGCAGCAAUGUUA